UUAUAGACCUCCAUCUGUUCUGGGAAUAGCAGUUCCACUCACUGAUAACUUUUAUAAUGCAGAUCCUAGCAAACCUAGAAUGAGAGAUUAUUUUGAGAAAUCAAAGACUUCAGGAACCUACAAGAAGUGUGCUAACAAGUCAUCUCGAGCAAAAUGCAACUGCACUGACAAUGAGAAACUUUCUUUUUCUGUAGCUUUCUCAGACUGCAAAGAGAAGGCUCUUAGGAUGAAGUAUCCGGUUAGAAAACUUCCAAUCCAUUUCAUGAUUAAAAGUAAAAGCAGAUAUAAACACCUGAAAUCUCCUUAUUUUGUCACAAUCACAGAAGUCAAUCAGCGGACAAACUGGGAAGUAGCAGGUAGUAAUGCAACACCAAGCAUGUUAAAAAUGAGAGCAUAUUUAAAAGGAAAACUCAAUGCUACACUGUAUAAUCCAGAUGCCCUGACCCUAAAUAUAUAUGGAUCUGAGCUUUUCCAUUUCAGGGUAUCAGUUAUUCCUGGAGUUUCCUUCUGUAACCUGUUUGAUGAAUUUCAGAUUUAUGUUGAUGAUGCUCCAUUGGCCUUCCCAGGACAGUAUCUUACUAUCUCACUAACAGCUAUAUUAAUAGGAGGCAUUAUCUUUGUGACAUUUAUGGUACAAGUGUAUGAUGUAAAUAUAUGGAAAAAAAUUAAAAGUAGAAGUUGGAGAAAGAACAAAAUAGGAGCAUCCGAAACCAGAACUACUGAUACAGACAAUUCUGCUUCUUAGUUUGGAUAUCUGUAUGUUUUCAAGUGAACUGCGAAGCCAGCUGAACUCAGUAGCCAGUUUCCAGCCCUUUUCCCUCACCUUAUUAAGUCUAUGUCUUUCUUAGAUAUUUUAGUAGUACUUAGAAGUAAUUUAUUUUAUAUUUUAUGUUAUUAAUCUUCCUCAGUUGAUGUUCCUGCAUAUGCAACUUUUCUGUCAGAGUUUGAUUUGUCUUAUGAAGAUAUGCAUUUUGAAAUCUACAGGGAAAUAUACAUGUUUGCAAAAUUUUGUUUUACAAAAAGCUUUUGAGAAGAUAUAAAGCACUUUGUUAUGUUUGUUUGCUGUGAGGUACUACUAAACCUGAGCAAAGUGGCAGGAUAUGGCAGAAUCUAGCUGUAUUCCUCUGCUUACAGAAUAUCUUGUGAUUAGCUUAUUGAAGAACUUGCAACAACCAAAAGAACUGUAAUACCUUGUUAAAAAUAAAGACUAUAUCUGAAUUAGU